UGGACGCGCUCGGACUGGACGAAGUGCGAAGCAGAUUUCUCCCCGCAGCCGCUGUUUUCCGAGCUCAGCGGAGCGCCCCUCGCCCCUCGGCAUCCCUCCGUCUGCUGUUCCCGGCGUCACACGGCUUCCGAGGAGUGGGGCCGUCCUCUGCAGCUAGGGGGCGCUGCACUACAGCCAUGGGAGACUGGACUGCACCAGGAAGCGCUCGAUAGGAAUAGUAACGCAUACAAAAUGCCGCAUGUCCGGGGAAAGAGCAGCAGUCGCGCAGCGCAGCAGAGGCGGCGGCGCUGGCGGUCUCAUCAUCGCUAAGGGCUUUUAGGACGCCGCAGCCCCUCUCGCCGGACGAGCUGCUGUUUGUACAUUUUUAUGGUUGCUUGUUAGCUAGAAUUCAUAGUUCAUUGAGGAAAAGUGAGCGUGCGCUCUGUUUAUCGGGACUCUGCAUAUUGUCUGCACCUCUCCUCGCGCCUCUCCUGGCCGCCCGCGUCUCGCGCCAUGGCUCUGACCAUCUGCACCAGGUUCACAGACGAGCACCAGCUGCUCGAGGAGCUGGGCAAGGGUGCCUUCUCUGUGGUCAGGAGGUGUGUGAAGAUCUCCUCUGGGCAGGAGUACGCGGCCAAGAUAAUCAACACCAAGAAGCUCUCAGCCAGGGAUCACCAGAAGUUGGAGCGUGAGGCCAGAAUCUGCCGCCUGCUGAAACACCCCAACAUUGUGCGGCUCCAUGACAGCAUAUCAGAGGAGGGCUUCCACUACCUCGUCUUCGACCUGGUCACGGGAGGGGAGCUGUUCGAGGACAUCGUGGCCAGAGAAUACUACAGCGAAGCAGACGCCAGUCACUGUAUACAGCAGAUCUUGGAGAGUGUUCACCACUGUCACGUUCACGGCAUCGUGCACAGGGACCUGAAGCCGGAGAACCUGCUAUUGGCCAGUAAGCUGAAGGGGGCGGCGGUGAAGCUGGCGGACUUUGGGCUGGCCAUCGAGGUGCAGGGUGACCAGCAGGCCUGGUUUGGCUUUGCUGGGACUCCAGGGUAUCUGUCUCCAGAGGUUUUGAGGAAGGACCCAUAUGGAAAGCCGGUAGACAUGUGGGCAUGUGGGGUGAUUCUCUACAUCCUGCUGGUUGGUUACCCUCCUUUUUGGGAUGAGGACCAACAUCGACUCUACCAGCAGAUCAAAGCUGGAGCAUACGAUUUCCCGUCUCCGGAGUGGGACACAGUGACUCCUGAGGCCAAAGAUCUGAUCAACAAGAUGCUGACGAUCAAUCCAAGCAAGCGCAUCAGCGCCUCCGAGGCCCUCAAGCACCCCUGGAUCUGCCAACGGUCCACAGUGGCCUCCAUGAUGCAUAGGCAGGAGACGGUUGAAUGUCUGAAGAAGUUUAACGCCAGGAGGAAGCUGAAGGGGGCCAUCCUCACCACGCUGCUGGUAACGCGGAAUUUCUCAGCAGCCAAGACCCUGCUCAACAAGAAGCCGGACGGUGUCAAGGUGAACAACAAGUGCCCUAAAGACACAGCGCCCUCACCUGCCCUGGAGCCCCAGACGACAGUGAUCCAUAACCCUGUCAAUGGAAGCAAGCAGUCUAUGGAGAGCACCAACACUACUAUAGAGGACGAGGAUGCAAAAGCUUGCACGCUCAGUGUUAAAGCUCGUAAGCAGGAGAUAAUUAAAGUCACAGAGCAGCUAAUUGAGGCCAUUAACAGCGGUGACUUUGAGGCCUAUAUCAAGAUCUGCGAUCCUGGACUCACAUCUUUCGAACCUGAGGCCUUAGGCAACCUGGUCGAAGGCCAUGACUUCCACAGGUUCUACUUUGAGAAUGCACUGUCUAAGGGGCCAAGGCCUGUGCACACCAUCCUGCUGAACCCGCACGUGCACCUGCUGGGGGACGAGGCCGCCUGCAUCGCCUACAUCCGGCUGACGCAGUACCUGGACGGGGGUGGCGUGCCCCGCACCAUACAGGCCGAGGAGACGCGCAUCUGGCACCGCCGCAACGCCAAGUGGCACAACAUCCACUUCCACCGCUCCGGCUCCCCCAGCGUGCCCUCCCACUAAUGGCAUCUUCAGCAGUGGAGCCAAUCACUGAAGGAUGCAUUCGGCCCCGCCCCCUGGCUGGAGUGGGCAGAGCUACUUGCAGACCCCUCCCUUGGUUCCACUUCCUUCCUGUUGCAGGACAGGAUCCCAGCAUGAUACCACAGUAAUAUCUGAUAACCUGAGAGAGAAUCUCGAUUCCUCCAGGCUGCGUGGAGACGUAUGCAGAACACCACUCCUCCAGCUGUGGGAUUGUGUUUAUUUGAUGUUUUUGAAUGUUUCAGCACACAUUUCAAAUGUAUUAAUCUGAAAAAAUAUGACAGGUAUCACAGAACAUAUAAAUGUUUCUCUGCUUUUGUCCUGAAUGAAAUGUGUGUGUUCUGUAGCAGCUCUUGCUAACUGGACUAAAGGAGAUUUGCGUUUCUCUCUCCUGCUGUCUGUGUGCAGGGUCGUCUGAGCCCUCAGCAGUCGUGGUCCCUGGCCUGCAGUGACGUCACUGUCACAGGCAGCGCCUCCUCACACACCGCCAUCUCUCCCUGUUGCUCUGUGUGAAAUGUGCCGGAUGGUUGAUUUUUAAUUUUUUUUUACUGAGCUUGCUCUUGUUCUUGUGAUGUACAGACGUUGUGCUUGCUAAAAAGACGCUUAACAGCUAGUCCUACCCUGACAGCAAUACUUUAAGGUGACCCAGCUUUCCCAUGUUUGCUCUGAACUUGCAUAUGUUUACCUGAAUUCUAGCUAAAAUUAUAUAAAAGUUUGGAAGGGGAAAACAAAAGCAUAUGCUUUGUUGAAAGAUACAUAUAUAUAUAUACAUAUAUCUGCCUGUACUUUACCAAGAAAACGUGAGGUUUUUAAUGUAGCAUAUAUGGAAUACUUAACAUAUAUGGAGGAUUUGAGGCUGUUGUCUGGCCCAUACAGAGCAGUUUGACUCAGAGCCUGGUACUUUACUAUUGAUAAUUUGCAGUUUUAUGUUUUUGUUGUGUUUUUAUUGUUUGUGAUUGCUAGGCAUUCCUGUCAGUACCUGGCUGGUUUGUCGAAUGGCAGAGUAGGUGAAGCCUUUUCGGCUGACAAUAACUUUCCUCCUCCAGUUCGCUGAACAGAACUACAUUCUAAUGAUUUUCACUCUUCUGCGUUCAUUGACAAAAUGUUUUAAUGUUUUAUACACAAAGUUAAAAACUGUACCAUUUUUUUUCUUUCUGAGUCCAAGACAGUUAGACAGUUAAUGAACUUUUUGGUAGUAAAAUUUCAGCCAAGUCAUUUUCCUAAGAGAAUUGUGUAGCAGAGAAAACCAAUCAUGUAAAUAGCUUGUGUGACACACACCUGGAGUUUAACACAAUGUGCUGCAGGUGUUUUCAUCCUGAACAGAGGUGAGUGUGUGUAUGAGUGU